AUGACUUUGGCAUGGAUGGUCUUGGCGAAUGGACGCACUGGCCACGAGGAUCAUGGAGCCCACUGCUUGUGGUCGAAUAAGCAUGGACUGGUUCUGAAGAUCGUGUUCGAGCUGCCCAUUCGCCGUGGAGCCCAAAGGUGCCUUGCCCACUUGCUUUCGGGUACACAAGAGUCCAUCUUCAAGCUAUUAUUUCUGGACCCCUUCCUUUGGCACCUGAAACCUGAAGAGUUCGAGCCUCUGUAUGUGUUCAAUGACGAGGGCCCUGAUGGCACCGCAGGGCUCUACUCCGCCGUUCUCCUGUAA